AUGGGAUGUUCGGGUGACAGGGAAAAGGGCAAACUGGAUGAGUCGCAGAAAUGGGACUAUGUGACCCUUUCCGAUUUUCACGCUUCCGGUGCUCUAACUUAUCUCUCAUAUGGCUGGCUCUGGAUCAUGGCGCUCAUAGCAGUUGCUGUGUAUGGCGCCGACACUUUCACAGCAGUCAAUCUCCUCGCAUACGACAAAUGGUCUUCCCAAAUCGAGCCUAGUAUCCCUCUCAAGUACUCGAAAUGGAUCUUUGCGGCUUGUAUCAUGUUCUCAUGGGUUCUUUGCUUCUUUGAGUGGGUACGCGCCAUUCGCGUGAUCCGCAGAGGCAGUGUUGCUGAGAGCUACAUGGACACGGUUGCCGUCACGAUGCAGUCGAUGCGACCCAAAGGCUGGAAACGCUUCCUUGUCUUCGCCGAAUUGACCAAGAGUAAGAAGGGUGUUGAUUACAUCGCUCUGUUCGUCUACUUUGCCUUCAAGGGCGCUGUGCGCAUCAUAUUUGCCGAGGGCCCUCGCCAGGUCGUCAACGCCAUCACUCUUUACUCUUUCAUGCAAUCAGAUCUCAUCCCCGUUGGAGACCACGCUGCAACAGCAGACCACUCUUCGUUCGAGCAGUUCUGGAUCAAUGUCGAAACGCUAGCCGAGGCAAACCGCGAACAAGCCGUUGUUCUCUUCACCAUGCUCUUCACCCUUGUCAUUUGGGUCAUCUCAGCUCUUUGUCUAAUUAUCGCCGUUGUCCUCUACCUGGUCUUUCUAUGGCACUACAUUCCGCAGAGCGAUGGCCGACUGAGCAACUACUGUCGAAGAAAGAUCGACCACAGACUAGAAAAAGCUGUGGGUCAGAAGGUCAAGCAAGCACUAGAAGAACAAGAAAAGAAGCAGGCACAAAUGGAGGCGAAAGCGGCGAAGAAAGCCAAUCAACUUCCCAGCAGACAAGUCAACCGCAAACCAACCUUGCCUCAGGUCGCUGCUCAGACGCCUGACCUUGAAGCCGAAAGCGAUUUCAUGUCUCUUACAAACGACACUGUGCCCCAUCCUCUGCCUCCUCUUCGCACUUUCACCGCUCCCGAACAACCGUUGCGUCGCGAACAAACUCCUCUCAGCCUCAACGCAACACAACCUCCAUCUCGCACUCACACAGCACCACCAAUGGCAAUGCACCGCGAACCGUCUCUUCCCGAGUUUCAUCAAAGCGGUCGCCCGGCCAUGCCUUACCGCUCGGAUACCGAAGCGUCCGCCAUGUCCAACGCCACGUAUGCUUCGGACGCCUCAUUACUUGGACACGCCAGCGGCAUGGGCUAUAGUGACAAGUCGGACUAUCAUCCCGCACAUCCAAAGCCUGCAUUUGACAGGUCGACUUCUUAUGCUUCCAGGCCUGCACCGCCCAUGUUUGACGACCAGUCCGGAUAUGCAAGUCAACCUUACCUGGGUAGAAGCGCGGCUGCGGAACCACAACAAUCCGAAAGAUGGAGGCAUGACGACUUUGAUGAGCGAAUGGAAUACGACAGAGACACAACUCCAGAGCCGAUGGAUUACCCGACGACUCGAUUCAUGUCUCCUCAUCCUCAAAUGCCCAUGCAUCAGGAAAGCUUGGGUUAUGACAACAUGCAAAGCACUGCAUUACCGCGACAAAGACCGCAACAGGACUUCCAACGGUCAUACACUCCCAUAUCUCGCAUGGACAGCGACAUGAGCCUUUCUUCGCGUCGCGCGCCCAAUCCCGAGAGCCAGAGCUUCGAGAUGCAAACACGGACGACAGCCAUGCCGGAGCCCUUCGAGCAUCAGCAGGUGCAGCCGCCGCCGCGCUCCGCUUCUGCCGCAUCGGGAGGCUACGUUGCUUUCAACCCGUCCUUUACACUGGCGGCAGCCGCACCUUCGUUCACACCGCCAGACCGCAGUACUACGAGUCCUCCGGAGAUUGCAAGACCUUCUGUGGCAGCCGGGUCCCAACGCAGUGCCACAGCUCCUCCUGAGGCCUACGACGGGCUCAUCGACGAAUACCGCGGGCAUCCUCAAUACAAUCGUCGUGAGGUACCUGGCAGAAGUGCCACAGCGACUCCCAGCCAACGACCCGCAGUCCUUGGCAGAAGUGUAUCUACUGCUCCAUACCAACCAUACGGCGUUCCGAGCAGGACAUUAUUUAGUAGCCCCUUUCUGUGCAUGGAAACUACCAUGGACGGUCACCUUGCCAGCUAG